AUGGACCCAGAAGUGCAGCUUCGUUUGCCUCUCGACGUACCUGCGGAACAAGAUUUAUUGAAUCAGCCAGUAUUUCCUCUCAUACACGCAAUUAAGAAAGAUGUAGAAGAGCGGAUCGAUGCAUCUCUCUCUUGGGACCAGCUUAACGCUGUUGAUGUCAACUACUCAAUAUUCCGACCCCUCGUCUUCAAGUAUGCAAAGCUUAGAAACUAUGCAAUUGUCUACGCAUGUCUGGUGGUACGAACACAUUUCAUCGAAUCAGCGUCCCAGGAUCUUGCGUUUGCUCCACUGAAGCUGACAAGGGCUGAUGCAUGCGAGCUCCUUGCGCUGAAGCUCCUUCGAAGAUUCACCGGCAACUCGGACAACCCCGUUGACCUUUUCAGUGUUCUCACAGUCAGCUGGGACCCUCUUCAAGGAUGCCCCGACUCAUGCAUGUCAGAUAUCAGGGAGAUUACAGGGGAGGACAUUCGGAACGCAGAUAGGGUCAGCGCACUCGAGAUUGCCAUAUCCUCCGAGGCGAAACGCUUCAUUGCCUCACCUUUGGUCCAGACGUGCAUUACGGAUAUCUAUAACGGCCGAGUGGUCUUCAGCGCCCCCGCCACCCGAGGCUCUAUUCUGGCCGAUAAUUACAAGCAACGACACGUCCAGGUUUAUGACGUACACAACACCCCAUGGUUAGACCAUUACAGGUUACGAGUUCCCCGAUAUCGUGGUAUUAUGGAGUUUGUGGACUUUGCAAUCUUGCUGUUCCUGUUUGUACUAUGUCUCCACAACAAGAGUUUUAGUACUAUGAACUGGUCUGAAAUCGUAUUCAUUAUAUUUGCCUUUGGCUUCCUCUUGGAUGAAUUGACUGCUGCGUUGGAGCAUGGCUGGGAUAUCUACAUCCAAAACAUGUGGAAUGGAUUUGACCUCGCGUUUGCGACUAUCUUCAUUGUAUACUUGGGAUGCAGGUGCCGUGGCCUUGUUAAGGAUGACUUUUGGUGGAACGACCUUGCUUAUGAUAUACUCGCAUGCGGGGCUUGCAUUCUCUUCCCGCGUCUUGCUUUCUUUGCAAUCAAGAACAAUCUUAUCAUCCUGGCCCUUCAGGGAAUGAUCGCCGAGUUCUUCGUUUUCAUCAUGUUGGCUGCGGUCUGUUUCUCUGGUCUGUUGUUUACGCUCUGGACACUAUCGCGCGGGAGCGCAACAUGGAAUUUGCGCAAGAUUGCAUGGCUCAUGACCCAGGUUUGGUUUGGUAACACCUUCUUGAGUUUUACCGUUGCAGAGAGUUUCCAUCCUAUCUUUGGACCUAUUCUAAUGGUUAUGUUCGCUGCGUUAUCCAAUACUCUCCUCAUAACAAUCAUGAUCUCGAUCCUAUCUAACACGUUUGCACGAAUCAAUGAGCAUGCCUCGGAGGAAUAUCUAUACCAGUUUGCCAUCUCCACUAUUGAAGGAGUCAAGUCAGAUGCACUGUUCUCGUACCAGCCACCUUUUAACAUCCUGGCCCUAUUAUUUUUGUACCCGCUAUCAACCUGUUUAUCGCCGCGCCAACUACAUACAGCCAACGUAUUUUUGAUCCGAAUCACGUCUUUUCCCCAAUUGAUUGUGAUCGGAGUCUAUGAACGAUGCUUUGCGCCUGGAAGCAGAUUUAUCGCAACAACCAAAGCUGCAGGGUCAUCAAUGUUCGACAGUGUAUCGCGACAAUUCAGAUUGUUCGAGUCGUUCAUGGGCACUUCCCGGGACGACGUAAUGGGUGCCAUCUUUGAGAUCGAUGUCCCCCCAAGCGUCACAAACGCAUUUUCAACAGAGGGUGACAGGGAACCAGGAAUGGAGGACUCGGCUGAGUUUGGCAAGGCACAGGAACCUGACGAGACAAGGCAAGGGCGGCCUGAGAUCGUUCUUUCACCUACCCCCAGGCGGUCCAGGUCCCGGACGAGCCGGACAUAUCGUGAAGAACAGCCACCUAACAGCCCGCUUGCACGGCUAUUUGGUACAGUCCGUCAACGAGCUAUCUCAGCACAAGGUGAUGCAUUGGGAGAUAUUAGGAAGAUUGGAGAAGCAAUGGAGAAUCUGAAGGAGGCUGCAAUGCCUGGCGACAAGCUAAGACAGGAGAUCAAAGAGCUGUCGGAGCGUCAGAUCGACCACCCAUUCGUAGUCAAUCUGCGAUAUGCAUUCCAGGAUGACGAGAACUGUUUCUUUGUGCUCGACCUCAUGCUCGGAGGUGAUCUACGCUUUCACCUCGAACGUUUGGGCUCGUUGAGUGAAGACACCGUCAGGUUCUAUGUCGCAGAGAUCGCGUCGGCCCUUACAUUUCUCCAUGAUAAACGUAUCAUCCACAGAGACUUGAAGCCUGACAAUAUUCUCUUGGACGAGAAGGGUCACGCACACAUCACCGAUUUGAAUAUCGCCGUCCACUACUCGGAACGACGGAUGCUGACCGGUGUCGCGGGCAGUAUGGCUUAUAUGGCGCCCGAGGUGUUGACUAAGAAGGGUUAUACGUAUACCAUCGACUGGUGGUCGCUUGGCGUAUGUGCUUACGAGUUGAUCUUUGGCAAGCGGCCAUUCCGGGGAAAGACAAACUCGGACUUGACCCAUGCGAUCACCCGCGACUCUCUCAAGUUCCCCGAGGAUGCGAGUGCCAAAUGUAGUCGAGAGGGAAUGUAUGUGCUGAUGGGACUACUCGAACGAGACACCACCCGACGACUGGGCUGUAAACCCAACGGCGAAGGCUUCGAAGAGCUCAAGAAACAGGGCUGGUUCAAGAACUUUGACUGGGAUAGACUUGAAGACAAGGAGCUCGAGCCUCCGUUUGUUCCCGACAGCAAACGAGCCAACUUUGACGCAACUCACGAGUUGGAAGAGCUUCUGCUCGAGGAUAAUCCUCUCAAGGCACGACCACGAAAAGCAAACCAAGAUGUAACGCAAAUGAGUGCCGAGAUGCGGCAAAUGGAAGAACAGUUCACGUCCUAUGACUACCGCAAGAUGAAGCGACGAUCGUAUUAUCCACACAAUCACAUCGUAUCCUCCGCGACGGGGACGAGCACGUCCCGACCAUCCACACCCGCGAAUCAAACGGAUAGCAGAAUGGCCAGCGUGGAUGUUAUGCCACCUUUACCUGCCACGAAGAUGGUGCCUUUGGAAAAAGCUGAAGCCAUGACAUAG